UUCUUGAGAGUAUCAAAAAUUGUUUGUUAAUAGAGGAUUAAGGAUCAAAAACUGAAUCAAUGCGUAAAAGUCUUGCUCCUAGUCAAAGCUACGCGCUUUCACCUGUCAAUGCUACCUUCAAAAGCCCGGUUUCGAUUAGCCAUAAGCGCAAUCGAGAAUGCCGAGAGCGGUCCCGAAACCACUCGAAGGAUGCAGAACCACCGCCUGCAAAACUGUCGGCAUCCGAAUACGAGAUGAUGAUUCUCAAAAUUUUGACCCGGCCGUUCAAAAUUCCCAUACCGAAUUACGUUCCAGAGCAUACGACGCGUUGCCUUGGUAUGAAACGACCGCCAGCCAGAAGGGCACUGCACGAUCCAUAUGCUUGCAAUGCUCUGGUCUUGUUCACCCCAGAAGAACUAUCGGAACACGAUCGGUUAAAAAUGGAUGCGAACAAAAAGCAGGUUCACGUAGUCGUCGAUCCGCUGCUGGGGAACAUUCUGCGCCCUCAUCAGCGCGAAGGUGUCAAGUUUAUGUACGAGUGUGUUACUGGAAAACGUGGGGAUUUUCAAGGUUGCAUCAUGGCUGAUGAAAUGGGACUUGGAAAGACACUGCAAUGUAUCACUCUUCUUUGGACUUUGCUGCGACAAAGUCCGGACUGCAAGCCCACAAUUGGAAAAGCAAUUAUCGUUUGUCCAAGUUCGUUAGUGAAAAAUUGGUAUAAAGAAUUUGGCAAAUGGCUUGGCUGCCGUGUGAAUUGUCUUGCGAUGGAUGGUGGAUCAAAAGAGCACACGACCAAGGAAUUAGAACAGUUCAUGGCUAAUCAAAGUUUACGCCACGGAACACCGGUACUGAUCAUCAGUUAUGAAACGUUUCGUCUCUAUGCGCAUAUUUUGAACAACUCAGAAGUGGGAGCCGUUCUUUGUGACGAGGGACAUCGGUUAAAGAACAGCGAGAAUCUUACCUACCAAGCUCUGAUGGGACUAAAGACUAAGCGCAGAGUUCUACUGUCGGGAACCCCCAUUCAGAAUGAUUUAACGGAAUACUACAGUUUGCUACAUUUUGUCAAUCCCGGGAUGCUUGGCAGCACAAACGAGUUUCGUCGCCAAUUUGAAAUUCCUAUUCUACGCGGUCAGGAUGCCAAUUCUACCGAAGCCGAGCGGCAGAAAGCAAACGAACGCUUACAAGAACUAUCGGCACUGGUGAAUCGUUGUAUGAUCCGUCGAACGUCUUCCUUGCUAACCAAGUACCUUCCAGUAAAGUUCGAAAUGGUCAUAUGUAUCAAAAUGACCGAAAUUCAAAACGAAUUGUACAAAAGCUUUCUACAAUCGGACUCGAUUCGUCGGUGCGUUCAGGAGAAAAGCGGAGCGAAAGCGAGUUUAACUGCUCUAUCGAACAUUACCGCGUUGAAGAAACUUUGUAAUCAUCCGGAUUUAAUUUAUGACAAAAUCCAAGAACGAGCAGAUGGUUUUGAAAACGCGUAUAAAAUACUACCCAGCAAUUACAGCUCGAAAGAUUUACGACCAGAACUGGGAGGAAAGUUGAUGCUGUUAGACUGUAUGCUGGCUAGUUUAAAAAUGAAUACCAACGAUAAAAUAGUUUUGGUUUCGAACUAUACGCAAACCUUGGAUUUGUUUGAAAAACUUUGUCGAAAGCGAGGAUACGCAUAUGUCCGUCUAGAUGGAACGAUGACUAUUAAGAAACGAGGCAAGGUCGUGGAUGAAUUCAAUAAACCCGAUUCGAAGGAGUUUAUUUUCAUGCUUAGCUCGAAAGCUGGUGGUUGCGGCCUAAAUCUAAUUGGAGCCAAUCGCUUAGUUAUGUUUGAUCCAGAUUGGAAUCCAGCUAACGACGAACAAGCGAUGGCUCGGGUUUGGCGCGAUGGACAAAAGAAACCAUGCUUUAUUUAUCGAUUACUUGCAACGGGAACCAUUGAAGAAAAAAUAUUUCAGCGGCAAACACACAAAAAAGCACUCUCUAAUACUGUUGUAGAUAACGAUGAGGAUGGCGAACGACACUUUACUCAGGAUGAUUUAAAGGACCUGUUUCGAAUCGACGAAACUACUAUUUCCGAUACCCAUUCAAUCUUCAAAUGUAAACGAUGUCUAAACAAUAUUCAAGUGAAGCUUCCUCCGGAGGACAGUGAUUGUACAUCCGAUUUAAUGCACUGGUACCACUGUUCUAACAAUAAAGGCAUCCCGGAUGAUAUUCUCUCUAAGUGCUGGGACAUAACGAAGUGCGUUUCAUUUGCCUUCCACCAUCGUUCGAACAGUGCAGUUGUUGAGCAGCAAAUCGCUGAACAAAAACGAAUAGAAGCGUUAAAAUUAAAGGAUGAAUCAAACAAUGAGGAAAAUGACGAUCCUCGCGUGGAUCAUGAAGAAGACGUUGAAAAUGAUGAUUCGUUUUCCGAAAAUGAUCAAGAUGAAGAUUACGUUCCCACCAAAUAA